AUGGACAUGUCUUCUUCCACCAACGGAGCCUCAGACAUGGAUGCCUGGAAACCCUUUCUUCACACCUCGCUCUUCUCUGCCUUCCCCGACGAUCCCGAUGCUGGCGAACCUUUUCUCUUUCCCACAUUCCGCAUUUACAGCCGCACAACAUUUCUCGGCGCAUGCCUGUUCACCUUCGCCCUUGCGCUGGUGGAGCGCUGGCUGACAUUUCUGCUCGACACCAACCUUGCGCUUCAAGCUCCCACGCAGAAGGCUGCAGAAUCGAGGGCCGGUACGAAACGUAAGCACUCGGACGCAGCAGGCAGCGUCUACGUUCACCUCCCCAAUGGCGCACUCGACACUCGUACGCCAAGAGGCGUAGGAAAGAUGGAGAUCCUCCUCUGCAGCACGGUCUAUUUCGCAGCAACACUGCUCCGCUACGUCCUGAUGAUCAUCAGCAUGGGCAUGGACUGGAUGAUGCUCCUUUCGAUCGUGUCCGGCUUGACGUUGGGACAUCUGAUCACCGAUGUGAGGAGUGUUUCGGCUCGAACUGCAGAGCUGAGCGCGGAAGAGGUGGAGCUGCUCGCAGGUCAGGACCGGUUGGUGUUUGAUCAGGAAGGAGAAGGUAUGCAAGAGAUCAGGGUCGCAGAGCGGGAGCGCUUCCUGGGGGCAGACGGGGCGCAUCGACGAAGUGGUUCCAGGCUGACGUCCCCUCUCGCCACCUCGUAUUGA